CGCAUGCGCGGCGCGGAGCUGCGCAGUCACGGCGCCCGCCGCCAUGGCCGACCCGCGCCUCCGGCAGAUCAAGAUCAAGACCGGCGUCGUGAGGCGGCUGGCAAAAGAAAAAAUUAUGUAUGAAAAAGAAGCAAAACAGCAAGAAGAAAAGAUUGAAAAAAUGAAAGCUGAAGCAUGUGAUGAUUAUGGAAUUAAGAAGCAGAUCGAGAUCUUACAAGAGUCACGAAUGAUGAUUCCGGACUGCCAGCGCAGACUAGAAGUUGCACACGCAGAGCUUACUCAACUACUAGAAAAUGAAAAAGAAUUGGAAGAAGCUGAAGAGUAUAAAGAAGCACGUUCCAUACUGGAGUCAGUGAAGCUGGAAGCCUAGCUGUUCUCCAGUUCUCUCUUUAUAUGCAUUAGCGCGGGGUCCAUUCCACAGUUUCAUUUGACUAUGGCUCUACUACUAUUGUUGACUUACUAAAGUUCCCUUUAUGCAAAUUGAGCUUUCUCUAACUGCAAGGUGCAUCAAAUAAAGAAUGUUCUGAAACAUUUGUGUGUUCCAUAUUCAGGCAAAAUAGAUAUAUUUCCAGUUCACCUCAAAUUAAAAAAUAAAUUAAAAAAAAAAUUAAAGCCCAUUUAAAGUAAGUGUAAUAGUUAAUAUUAAGUUAAAGAAAACUUAAAUCUGAACUGUUCAGACAAAAAAAAAAAAGUUUGGCUAUGUGAGGGACCAGUAAAUACCUUAGAAUGAAAUAGCAUUACACAAUGGUUUGGAUUAGAGAGGUUCCAUCUAGUUCCAACCCCCUGACAUGGGCUUCAGAAGCACCUUAUAUUUGAAAUAAUUUCAAGCCAUUACAGCAUAAAAAUCGCUACUGAAAGAGAAGCUAGACCAAAUAACCCUUCCCAGUCACUUAACUUUUUACCUUUGAGUCCAAGACAAAAUGUGACUCCAGAUCUCAGUGUGCAUGGCACUGAGUCGUAGAGCCCAAUUCAUACAACUUUCAUGGAUCAAAAUUCUUCUGCUUCUCAAGAAACAGGAUUUAGCAGAUGACUAGAAUACUGUGAGUUGCAUCUGCUAAUAAGAGGUCUGGACUGAAUGCUUUUCUUGAAAGCACCUUGGCUUAAGUGUGAUUUUUUUUUUUUUUAAACAAACUUCAAACCCCAGGACAUGAAAUAGAGCUAAUGGGUAAGGGAACAACACUUAGUCUGCCUAGAAGACCAUUAAAACAUUAUGUAAAAAAGCUGUGGUUUUUUCAAAGUAGCUUCUCUAAAGCAAAUAGUAAGUUCCGUUGGUAAACAAGAAAGCUUUUUACAUUAGUUUUUCUAGUUUGAAAGUGUUCUGGCAUGUUUCUUAAAGGCAACACAAAGCACAGUGUACCUUUUGUGUGGUGCUAAAUUGAAUACUCAAUAAAAUUCUUUGUUAAUUUGCCUGA